UAUUUCAUCAUACACUCAAUCACUCAACCAUACAUAUACAGCAAGUAGUAGCACAAGGAAUUUAUCUUAAUUUUGAGCAUAUUUAUUUGAAAAUGGUGGCUUCUUGCAACGUGGAGUUCGAUUGGGCUAAAGAAAUUAAGGAAUUCGACGAAACAAAAGCCGGCGUGAAGGGUCUGGUGGAUGCCGGAGUGAAGGAGAUACCUCGUCUCUUCGUGCAUCCGCAGGAGGUGUUGGAGCGCCACCCGACCGCCAAGGACGUGGCGGUGGAGCUGCCGGUGAUCGACUUGAGCGGGGCGGAGCGUGGCGGAGCAAGGCGGAGGGAGGUGGUGGAGGCGAUCAGUAAGGCGGCAAGAGAAUGGGGUUUCUUCAGCAUCGUGAAGCAUGGGAUUCCGUUGGAAACAAUGGAUGCCAUGUUGGAAUGUAUCAAGAUAUUCCACGAGCUUCCAAAAGAGGAGAAGAUUCCACUCUACACAACAGAGAGAAACAAGCCAGUGAAAUGGAACAGCAAUCUUCCUGCACAGCAAAACGACCCUGCUUGUUGGAGGGAUGUGUUGAAUAUCGUAUACACAGAUGAUCAUCUUGAAGCCGAAGAGAUUCCUUCAGCGUGCAGGAAAGAAUUGGAGGAGUAUGUGAAGUACAUGAUCCAAGUGAGGGAGUUGAUGGCAGAGUUGAUCUCAGAAGCGCUGGGUCUCCCCGCCGACUACUUGUCGAAAAUGGAGUGCAUGAAAAGCCAGUCGCUUUCAUGUUUGUAUUACCCAGCUUGUCCGGAGCCUCACAAAACCUUAGGAGCGCCAAAGCAUUCCGACACCACAUUCCUCACAUUGCUCAUCCAGGAUAGGCUGGGCGGUCUGCAGAUGCUUCGUCACAAUCAAUGGCUGGAUGUCCCUCCUGUUCGUGGGGCCCUCAUUGCCAAUUUUGGUGAUCUCAUGCAGAUUCUUAGCAAUGACGAGUUCAUCAGCGUCGAGCACAGAGUGCUGUCGCAGUCAGUGGGGCCCAGAAUCUCGGUCGCCACAUUCUCGACGCCGAGCAUCCGAGCCGCGGGGAAGCCGUUUGGUCCGAUCAAAGAGCUGCUGUCUCAAGACAAGCCAGCGGUGUAUAGAGACUUCAUGUUCGAAGACUACUUCCAAUACUACAAAACCAAAGGGGCGCGCGUUGAAUCCGCCUUCGAUUAUUACAGGAUUAAUAAAUAAAUAUUUGCGGCUCGCAAAAACACAAUAAAAAAUAUUGGUGUUGCAAUGUUCAUAUUUAAAAAAUUCUAGUUUCAUGUAUUGUGGCGAAUAAGCAAACAAGAUCCCACGUGCUCUGUAUGCUUAAGUAUGCUUUCUGUUUGUGUUUUGUAACACCUUGAAUUUACUCUCUUUCUUUUGGCUGUAAAUGUAAAUGGAGUGAAGUGAUGCACUUUGAAAUUUUAUACAACAAAAUCGUCACUCUAA